UUUAGAUAGCAACAAUAUAUUAUUUUCUUUUGAAUUUCAUUAUUAGAACAUUAAACAAUAACAGAUAAUAAUGAUAGCCUAGCAACUAAAUAAAAUAUUAAUAAUCAUUAUAAUCAAUGUAUUCAAUUCCUACAGAAAUAUUAUAUCAAAUAUAUAAUAAACUUAAUAUAAAUGAUUUAAAUAAUUGUUCACUUGUAUGUAAACAAUGGAAUCAAUUAAUUAAUGAUAUUUAUAUAUGGUUACCAAAAUGUUAUAAAAAAUUAAAAAAAACUUAUUGGAUUGAUGAAACUAUAUUAAUAUUAUUAAAAUUAUGUGGAAUUAAUAAUAUUCAAUUAUUUCUUGAAAAUAAACAAUCAAUAAAUCAAUUAUCAAUAAAUCAAUUACAUUUUAAAUCAGGUUAUUAUAUGAGAAAAUUAUAUAAUUAUUUAAAAUUAUUAUCAAAUAAUAAUAAUAAUAUUAAAAAAUAUCAAAUCAAUAAAAAUAUUAUUGAUUAUUAUAAAUGUAUUAUGAUUGGUCCUGGUAUGGAUUCAUCAAAUAUAAAUCGUUUAUUAAUUAAUUAUAUAUUAAAUUGGUCAAUAUUAAAUGAAAUACCAGAUGAUUUUAUUAUACCUAAUAUUAAUUUAGGUAUAAUAAGUGAAUUAAUUGGUAUAAAUAUAAUGAUCAAAUUACCUAAUUUAAAUAAUUAUAUAUUAAAUACAUUAAUUAAAAUGACUUGUAUUAUACCAAAAAAUGGUGAAUUAUUAGAAGAUAAAAAUAGAAUAUCGGGAAAAUAUUUACUUUAUAAUGAAAAAAAUGAUAAUAAUAAUAAUAAUAUUGAUCAAAUUAAUUUUUUACCAGAAAUCAAUAUUUUAUUAAAAGAAUGUCAUGUUAUAUUAUAUAUAAUUGAUAUAACAAAAUCAAUAAUUAAUGAAUUAAAUUGGGAACAAAUUAUUAAAGAAAUUAUAUUAAUAUUAAAUAAUUUAAAUGUUAAUCAAACUUUAUUAAUUAUUGGAGCAGGUAAUGAAUAUGAUAAAGAGGAAUGUAUCAGUCUUAUAGAUCUUGUAAAUAAAUUACAGUGUAUUCUAUUUAAGAAUUUUACCUUUGAUAGUUUAGAAGAACAGUUGAUAUUAAAGAUACCUAAUGCUCAAUGGAGAAUAUGGUUAACAUCUUCCAAUGGAUUGGAUUAUGAUAAUUUAGCAAAUAUGAUCAAUUGGGGUUUGUACAGAAAUAAUGAUAAUGAUAACAUCAAAGUUUAAUUAAUUCAACUUCAAAUAAUAAUUUUAUUUAAUAAAUGUUUUUUUCAUUGUUCAUUUCCUUAAUUUUAAAAGAAACAGUUGGAAUGAUUCUAUUUGUAUAAAAAUACAUUCCAACAAUUCCAGUAGUUCUCAGUACUAUUAAUUCAUGUGCUGAAAAUAAUUAUUUGUUACCAUGGUUAUUUUACAUGGCAAUCUUCUUUUAUUCAAAUGGAUUAUUAUAAAUAUCAUGAAAACUUUUUAUUCAGUUUUGGUUCAAUCUACAUUAUCUUUCCAAUAUCUAUAUUUUAUGUAAUUAUACUUCUUGUCUUCUUAUUUACUGAUUAUUAUUAUUUUUUAAAAGUUAAGACAUAACAGACGAGUGUGAUUGAAUUGUAACUAUGGAAGUGAAUAAUUAAAUAACUCUUUUGAGGGAAUUUUAUUAUUUACUAACGAUUAAUUGAUUGUUCUAUAUACCUUGUAAAUUUAAUCAAAUGGAAUAAAAUCAAGUAAAUCUAGUAA